CACCCAUUGAACUGAAUGUAAGCAACCUGGAGCUUAGAGAACCAAGUCAGACCAGCAAAACAAUUGCUGUUUCUUAUGUACAGCGCAUAUCAGUACAUUGGCCAUCUCACCGAUAUUGCGAAUUCCCACAUCCUUCCUUCGAUACCCUCUCAAAAUGCCGAAAGGAAGCUGCCUCUGCGGCAAAGUAACAUAUACAUUAGAGAUCGAUCCUACCACGACUCAACAGACAUCAGCAUGUCACUGCCGACCGUGCCGCAAGAUCACAGGUGGCACGACAUCGCUGAACUUGACCGUGCCCGCGACAGCCUUCGUCCUGAACAGUGGGGCUCUGAAGACGGUCAAGACGCAGCACAUAGACGAAGGCUUCGACUUUACACUGUCAUUCUGCGAAGACUGUGGUAGCCCAAUAUACGCGGAAGCUCAGUUCCUACCAGACAAGCGGAUCAUCCAGGUUGGAACGUUGGACGACGAAGAGUACUUGCAACGUGCGCCGACUGCGGAACUUAACGUGAAGCACAGGCUGCACUGGAUCAAGCCUAUUGACGAUGCGGGACAGAGAGAGAAAUAUGUAUAGUACCCUUUUAACGGGCCAUCGGAUAGGAAGGCAAGGCGUCACAUGCGGACCAUACCGUCGUCUGUAAAGUCAUAGAUCUGUGGUGACAGUACCCUGCUGGACCAUCUCGAGGUAUCCCAAUAGCUCGGGAGUUUAUCUGCCAGCGUGAAGAGCGUCGAUCCUUGAGUCGCGUGCACCAUACCUUUUCGAAUUCCGCGUCGAAGAGCAAUGCCGUUGCUUAUAUACCAUACAGGGCACGGGGAAUGGAAUGUGGGGCGCCUUACCAGGUAGCUACGGUCACGUUGCGGUCAGCAUCUGAAGUUGCAUCUUCAGAUCGAGGCACAUUUGUCAGUCUCUCACUCCGUACGGCGCCCGGUCGAUCGCUGUCUGUCUAAGGCUCCUCGAAAGUAUAUCUGU